ACAAGUGAAACAUUAACGACGAAAACGUCAAUUAACUGUACCCUCCAGGGCAUUCAUUGUUAAUUCACUUGGAGUUCAUAGUGUUAUAUGCGGCCUGUUUUCCGUACAUCAUUAAGGUUGAAGCACGGUGGGUUGUAUCAAUGAUUGAUGGAUGUUAAGCUGAGAUAUGUGUAAAACAUAUGCUGUAUAGUUAUUCCGCACAUUGAAAGAAAACAACCAUUUCCAUGGAGGAGUUGGAUCCGGUUACCCUGACUUGGAAAGAUGUCAAUGUUUAUUCAACUCAAAAGAAGGGAUGUUUUCACAGACGGAGCGCUAAGUUAUCGAAACAUAUAUUGAAGAACGUCAGCGGAAUGAUUAAACCCGGAAAGCUUACAGCAUUUAUGGGAGCUAGCGGAGCGGGAAAAUCAACCUUGAUGAAUGUUCUAACGUUCAGAAAUAGAGGAAAGCUCAAAAUUGACGGCGAUAUUCGAGUUAACGGAGUCCCGGUGGAUAAAUCCAAGAUAUCCAAUAUAUCUACCUAUGUCCAACAGGAUGAUUUGUUUGUUGGCACCAUGACCGUCAGAGAACAACUUACAUUUCGGGCAAUGCUACGAAUGGACAAAAGAAAACACACACAGGAAAGACUACAGAAAGUGGACGAGGUUCUUCAUGAGCUAGGUCUACAGAAAUGUGCUGACACGAUUAUCGGUGUUCCAGGAAGAAUCAAAGGAAUUUCUGGUGGAGAAAUGAAAAGGCUGUCCUUUGCUUCAGAGCUUUUGACCAACCCCCCUCUCAUGUUUUGUGACGAGGCCACUUCCGGUUUAGACUCGUUUAUGGCUCACAGCGUCAUUCAGUCUUUAAAAACACUGGUCUCAGAGGGGCGGACCAUUCUCUGCACUAUUCACCAACCAUCAUCUGAUGUCUUUGAGCUUUUUGACGAAGUGUUCCUGUUAGCAGAAGGUCGAGUGGCAUUCUCAGGACCCGUCAGUGAUGCUCUUGAAUUCUUCAAAAGCAAUGGUCAUCCUUGCCCAAACAAUUACAAUCCGGCGGACCACUUUGUCAUUACUCUGGCUAUUGAACCUGGGCAAGACACACAGUGCAGAGAAAGGGUUAAAAAUAUAUGUGACAGUUUUGAGACCUCCGAAGCAAAUAAAGAAAUCACGGAGAAAACCAAAGAGAUGUCAAGUCACCCCGAAGAACAUUUACAACAAGUGAUGGACAGCCUUAAAGAAAGUUCAAGGUAUGAGGCAUCAAUCCUACAACAAGUGAAGUGUGUAUUUUGGAGAAGUUGGAUAACAAAUAUACGAGAUCCUAUGGUGGUUCGAAUUAAGUUCAUUCAAACCGUUUUCUUUGCCUUGAUUCUUGGGUUGGUAUAUCUCAAAACAAACGAUGAUUAUGAACAAAAGGACAUUAUGAACAUCAAUGGAGUCAUCUUCAUUAUAAUCACCAAUCUCAGCUUCUAUCAUGUGUUCUCCGUACUUAAUGUGUUCCCCUUGGAGGUUCCGGUCUUUAUGCGAGAGUAUGGGACGGGACUAUACAGCGCAGGGGUCUACUACUUAAGCAAGACUAUAGUCGAGAUUCCCUUUCUUAUCAUCAUACCUAUCAUAUACAUGUCCAUAUUGUACUGGAUGAGUGGAUUUAUUCAAGACGGAGAAGCAUUCAUCACCGCCACAGGAGUAUCCAUACUAAUUUCCAACGCAGCAGCUUCAUUCGGUUACGUGAUAUCGACUGCCGCCCCCUCAACAACAGCAGCCUUGGCUAUUGCCCCAGCUCUAAUGAUUCCCUUUCUGUUGUUUGGUGGAUUUUUUCUAAACAGUGGAUCCACACCCGACUACCUAAUAUGGCUGAAAUACAUUUCUUGGUUUUACUAUGGCAACGAAAUGUUGGUGGUCAACCAGUGGGAGGAUGUUGAUAAUAUAAGAUGCAGCUCAGGUCCUUCAUGUGUUCCAAAUGGAGAACUAGUAAUUUCAACUUUAAAUUUUAAUCGGGACAAUUUUCAUUUAGAUCUAGGACUGCUCUUCGUUCUAAUCGCAGCAUUCCGAUUAAUUGCUUUCCUGAUUCUUUUGAUUCGAGCAAAACGGUCGUCUUUGUAAUAAAAUACUCAUCUGUGAUUUAAAUUCGCUGUGCAAUAAAAACAUUUAAGUUGUCAA